AUGUUUUCACGACUGGCUUCGUCGUUACUCCUCCUCGCCGCCCUCGUCCGCGCGAAUAGCCAUGACCACGCUGCCGCAGACCACAACCUGCGUGCGCAACGUCUCGCUAAAAAACAAGACGGUGCUCGCGUCUUCAACCUCGUCGAUAGCGCAGAGGGCCCAAACUUUUUCGAUUCAUGGGCAUUCAUGACCUUUGACGAUCCGACUCACGGUCUCGUACAAUAUGUCGACCGCGAUACCGCCUUUGCCAAAGGCCUCGCCUAUGUGCGCGACGAUGGAAUCGCCGUCAUGCGUGUGGAUAAUACAACUUGGCUUGCCGACGGUCAAAAGCGAAACAGCGUCCGCAUCCAUACUGCCAAAUCGUAUGGUCAAGGCCUAUUCAUUGCCGAUAUCCUCCAAAUGCCCUAUGGAUGCUCGGUAUGGCCUGCUUUCUGGAGUAAUGGAGCCAAUUGGCCCGCAGGUGGAGAGAUUGACGUGAUUGAAAUGAUUCACAACAGCACAUCGAAUCAGUCUACUCUGCAUACGACGCCUGGAUGCCAUCUCGACACCUCGCGCUACAACCCAGACCCUAAGCAGCACAUUUCAGCCAAGACGUUUACCGGACAGGUCGUGACGACCAACUGCGAUGCUGCCGUUGACAACAACGUUGGGUGUGGUAUUCGCAACGACGAUCCCUCGUCAUAUGGAUUUGGACUCAACGGUGCUGGUGGUGGCGUCGUCGCUGCACUCUGGAACGAAGAUGGUAUCCGCAUCUGGCACUUUGCUCGCGCAAACGUCCCUGCGGACAUUGAUGCCAAGACUCCCAAUCCCGAUACCUGGCCCGCACCCGUCGCGUUCUGGUCCACGGACACCUGCCCCACGAGCCAGUUCUUCACCGACCAGAGCUUCAUCUUCAACAUCACUCUCUGUGGCGACCUCGGCAAUGGUUCGUUCAACGAGUAUGGCUGCCCGGGCACUUGCUCGGCUUGGGUCAUGGAUCCAGCACACUUCCGCACUGCUAUCUGGAAGGUCAAAUAUUUCCGCGUUUAUCAAUAG